AUGCUCAAUAAGUCAAUAGUAUCUCAGGACGAGGACUAAACGGAUAAGGAGAUAACAAGGGAACAAUGGCAACGGGACACACGGCCACCGUUCACUUCCCCCAGUCGUUGGUGCCACCACAGCGCGCAAGCUCGCACGCACUUUUCAAUCAAUCAAAAAGGAAAAGAAAAAGUCAUAGCAGCGAGUACUCCACCAUCUCCAUCCAUCCCAUCAGAGCCACACGUUGAGCGAGGACCCAAAUCCCAUCACCACAACGCCCACAAGCUUGACGCAGGGGUAGCAAUGGCGACGAGAAGCUAAACCACGCCAAUCAGAGCGGCAGAGGUAGCAUAGCAGCUAGCUGCACAAACUUGAGCACCUACCCUCUGUACUGUGCCUGUUUUUCAGUUGGUACAGGAUGCUACACCCAUUGCUCGCGGCAGUAACAGCUGCCGUCUCUUCGUCCUUCGUCUCACCGCCGCGGCGAGUCCCGGCUUCUCCGGGUCCGGGACGACGACGACGACGUCCUGGUGGCUUCGCGGUCCGGUGCGCGCCGAACGGAGGUGGCGUGACGGCAGGCGCCGACACGAAAUCGAAGCUCAAGGUGGGCUCCCCGAUCGUCAUCGUCGAGGCGCCCGUGAUGCUCAAGACCGCCGCGUCGGUGCCGUCGCUCCGGCACAACAGCGGUCAGGUCAAGGCCGGCGACGUCGGAAGGAUCAUGGCGCGGAAGCCCAAGGACGUCUGGGUCGUGCGGCUCGCCGUCGGCUCAUACCUGCUGGACGGCAAGUUUUUCAGUCCCUUGGAUUCUGACGACGGAGACGGUGAUGAGCCCCAGGCCCAGGAUGAAUGAGUGAUCAAUGCCUUGACGAUUGAAUCGCAAGUUUACUCACAAUAAUGCCGUGCAAACAUGUCCAUGCCUAUGCAUGAUUGCAAUUUGCAAUGUACUGUACUGUAGAUGUGUAACUUCUGCCGACAGUAGUAAGUGAUUACUAUUUGUAUUAGAAUCAUCAACUUAUCAUAGAAGGUAAACACACAGCUUCAGUAGUUCUAAUUUUGAGUAGAACCUAGACGAUUGCUUUCC